CUGCCUUUCUCUGAGCGGGAGUAUUUCCUCAUCUGUGCUGUCAAGACGUGCGGUUGUCAGGGGCCAUGACUAGCUGCUGUGGUGACAGCCUCCAAAACCCUCUGACGUGGAACACCUAAAAUGGGGACGGGACCUGCUGCCAUGCUGCAAGCUCAGCUCUAAUCACCGUGAAGACGCCCCAGCGUUCACCUUCCUCUCUACUUAGAUUUGGCCUGCUUGCCCCUGACCUGCGCCCGUCCUGAUUAGAAACUGCUGCUCGCUGCCUUCCUCCCUUCAGCUCCUUCCUUUUCCUCCCUUCUACUGAGGCGAUCUCAAAAGCUCCUAAUCCACGCCAUGGCCAGAAGAUUCUGUAUGUCCUCCCCGUCUCCCUCCCUGUUCCUCACCCUCCUGCUCCCUGCUCUGUUGCUCCUCCACCGGCCUGGCAUGGUGAAAGGGGACUGCUGGCUGAUAGAAGGGGAUAAAGGCUACGUUUGGCUGGCUAUCUGCAGUCAGAACCAGCCUCCAUAUGAGACCAUCCCCCAGCACAUCAACAGCACGGUUCAUGACCUGAGGCUGAAUGAGAACAAACUUAAGGCGGUGCUCUUUACCUCCAUGUACCGCUUCACAAACCUCACUGACCUCAAUCUUACCAAGAAUGAGAUCAGCUACAUCGAGGAUGGCGCCUUUGCUGGACAGGCCAAUCUACAGGUCCUUCAGCUGGGCUACAACAAGCUGACGAACCUGACAGAGGGCAUGUUGAGAGGUCUGGGUCGAAUGCAGUGCCUCUUCUUGCAACACAACCUCAUCGAGGUCAUUGCCACCAAUGCCUUCUGGGAGUGCCCCAGCCUCAGCAGCCUGGACUUAUCUUCAAAUAAGUUGGCUCGUCUUGACCCGUCUACCUUCACUGUCCUCAACAGGCUGAUGGUGUGUGAACUAGCAGGAAACCCGUUCCACUGUGGCUGUGAUCUCUACAGCUUUCUCACCUGGCUGGAGGCAUUUAACAACGUCACCCACACCUAUGACCGUCUCCAAUGUGAAACCCCACUUGAAAUGGCUGGUUAUCCGCUCCUGAGCCCAGUGCCUGGGCAUGGAAGAAAUGCCCGCUACACUCUUUUAUCCAUGUGUCGCGAUGGUGUGAUAAUUCCAGGGAUGACCUCCCAAACGCCAGAUCAAGAUGGCUCAGGGAUGGGUUUGGACAACCCGGACCAAGAUCUGUACCACCAGCCAAACACAUCAUCCACUCCUGACCCGACCUAUGGCCAUCAGAUUUCUAUGAGGCUCCGAAGUGUCUCCCUCUACACUGCUUCUCUCAUAGUACACAUCCCACGACCAUACAGUAAGAUGUUCAUCCUCUCUCAGUACAACCAUACUUUUGUUGCAGACAUCAUGCCCCUUAAAAACAAGAAGGAGAUAAUCCCUUUGGACAAGCUGAAACCACACACGAACUACACCUUUUGCGUGGCUUCUGUAAGCAAAUCGCAACGCUACAACCACACCUGCCUGUCCUUUACCACACGUGCUAUCGGGCCAGAAGAUCGAAGGACCAAUCCAUCCACGACUACCCACUACAUAAUGACCAUCUUGGGAUGUCUGUUUGGCAUGGUCAUUGUGCUUGGAUUUGUCUAUUAUUGUCUCCGACGGCGACGCAUUCAAGAGGAGAAGCAGAAAGCCAUAAGCGUGAAGAAAACUAUUUUGGAGAUGAGGUAUGGCCCAGAGGCAGCUGCAGCGGUGGCCAAUGACCCAGGUGCCAUGCAGCGUCUCCAGGAACAGGCUCACCACCAGCACCACCAUUCAGGAGGAGCAGGAGGCAAGCUUCCCACGUCUGCCUCCUCUAGCACAGGCAUGCUACAUGGCUCAGCCAACACUAGUUCUUCCCGUCUCUCAACUUUGCCGCAGGUGGAAAAAAUGGCUACCGCCUUCUCUGAGGCAAUGGGAGGCAAGGGAAACUACAUGGAUGUGAGGACAGCCGGAAUGGCAGUGGAAGGCAGGGAGGGAGGGGUGGUAGCUGGAGGAGCAGGGGUAGGAGGAGAAGUAGUUGUGGAUAUGCGAGGCGGAGCUGAGAAUGGGACAGAGGCUGGGGAGGAUUCGGACGACGACGGUCGUGGCUCAGCAUCAGAGAUCUCCACUAUUGCCAAAGAGGUGGACAAGGUGAACCAGAUCAUUAACAACUGCAUUGACGCCCUGAAACUGGAUGCUUCUGCUAAUGUUGUGACCACGGCUGACAAUGCCAACUCUGUGUCCUCCUCCCAGCCUCCAGCUUGCAUUGCGUCCCUCCCUCGGAACCUCUUGCCUCUCUCUCCAGGCCACCCUGGAGAUCAGAUCAUGGCCUCCUCUCCAAAGGUGCAUCCAAAGUCUCACCCCCAGCCUCAUCCUCAACCCCACCCUCAGCCCCAUCCCCAUGUCCAACCUCAUCCCCAGCCUCAUCCCCAGCCGCAUCCUCAGCUACAUCAACAGCCUCAUCCGCCCUCUAUGGCCCCAGUGCCCCUGGUCAUGCCUCUGUCUGAGCGGCCAGGAAUCAGCGGUGGGGGGUUCCUCUCACCUCCUUACCGUGACCCACCUCCAGCCAAUGCAGUGCGGCCCCUUCAGAGGCAAUUGAGUGCUGACACCGCUGUGGUGAAGAACCGAUGUGGUGCCCCUGCUGCAGGAUCUGUCAAGAGCACCAGGGUGUUCAGUGUGGAUAUCCCUGAGCAGCGCAGUGAUCCUCCCAAGUACCCAAUAGAAAAAGGCAGCCCUGUGGGUUGUGGUGGAGGUAGUGGAAGUGGAGGAGGUGGUGGAGUAGGAGGCUGCAAUGGAAAUGGAAUGGGAAACAUAAAUGGUGGUGGGGUGAGCGUGAAUGGCAGCGGUAUAGGGUGCAAUAAUGGGAGUGGAGGUGGAGUUGGGGUAGUGGGCCCUGGACAGCAGCAGCAACACCACUUGGAGGUUCAGCCAGACUACCACAGCUCUGAGCAUCGCCACUCCUUCCCUGCACUCUACUAUGAGGGCGUCAACGACUCACCCUCACCCGCCCAAAAAGGCUCAUUCCUCAAGCCGCUGGGCCGCACCAAGAGGGAUGCCACAGCCACCUACUCACAGCUCUCACCUUCUCGUCACCACAACUACAACUCUGGCUACUCCUCAAGUCCAGAGUAUUCAUCUGAGAGCACACUGCGGAUCUGGGAGAGAUUCCGGCCUUACAAGAAAAGCCCCAGAGAGGAAGCAUCCUAUAUAGCAGCAGGCCAUGCCCUGCGCAAGAAGGUGCAGUUUGCCAAGGAUGAGGACCUUCAUGAUAUUUUGGAUUACUGGAAGGGAGUCUCUGCCCAGCAGAAGCUGUAAGCGGAGGAAGCUUACGGUCGAAUUCUGUAAGAGAGAUUGUGAGGUUGGAUGCCAACAGCAGACUAAUAAAGAGGAUAUAUGUUAAUGUAGCAAGACAGAUAAUGGUGUUUCCUCUGAGGUGUCCAGUGAUAUGGAUCAUUCCUCUGCUGGAUUCAGAAUUCAAAGGGUAUUCUCUAGAAGUGAUUUUUAUUUUAUUUUUUUCAGAAUUGAUUUUAUGAUAUGUUAAUGACUAGCUCUUUAUGGGGUUGGCUUUUUCCACAAACGCACUGAGUGAUAACCAACAAGAAUCAAGGUGUUCAUCAUACUACCUCAUACUGGGCACUUUGGUCCUUGCAGGCUUCCGUGUACCCACUGACUCCCCACUAAUGAGCAAAGCAAAGGUGGUGACAAGCAAGUGUCUUCUACCUCAUUACUGACACAUUGUAGCUCAGCUAUCUCACCAGAGACAGCCCCGUUCAUGACUUAAACCCUGUCCCUCUUUUCCUCUAAUCCCAUCAAACCACCAUUCACAAAACAAUCAUUCCACCGCACCGCCGACACCUGCUCUCCUAUAGAAGCAUCAUUUAAGGAGAUAAUGAGGAAGCAGGAAUGAGGAAUUAGGUGCGUUUGUUUUAGAAUAGCUUGAAUCUCUGUCUUUGGGGGAGGACAUUAACUGAUACUUAUCAGGCUAAUUGUUCUUCCUGGCAAUUAGCCAGUGUAAGAAUAGGUCAGGGAGGCUGUGUGUUGAGAGUACUUAUUGAUUCGAAACACCUAACUACAUAUGUUCAGUGGUGUGUGGGCAUGUAGCUGUGUACACUUUGUGCAUGCUGGUGUGAGGGAUUUGUGUGGGUGGGGGGGAUUGGAGUUGAGGCUGAGUCGUCCAUUAUUCUCAGUCUCCUCCACAGAAGCAAAGUGGAUAGCUUAGUAGAGAUGCUUUGCAUAUAGAUAACAACGCAGUUGGGGAGUGUGUGUGUGUGUGUGUGUGUGCAUACUUUAAUGUGUAUCUUUGGCCCAGCCUGGCUGUCUAUCUAGAAAGCGUAAAGUAAACCCUUACAAGACCUGUGAGCAUUUUUGUCUCCUAGCCUAUUUCUUAUUUACAUGUGUAGCAUAUUUCUUUUGAUAAGGGAAGCUAUGAGGAAAGAAAUUUGCAUUUCAAUAGGGCGAGUCAUGCAGAAAUUACUUUAGGGUGCGUUGUGCAAGUUGGCAAGACAGGUGUUAGAUCCUAUAUUCAGGAACCCUGUAAUCACAUUUAGGAACAGAGGCAGAUUGAGAGCAGGUGAGAGGUUUCUGCAUCUCAUUUCGAACAUGCCAGUGUUAAGGAGACAAUAUAGGACCCAUGUAUCGGCUCAAUUGUGCGUCUGCAUGGGAACUGAAAAUAUAUCAAAAGCUCUCUGCACUACACAGUGAGAUAAAAUGGAUGGUAACAAGAGUGAACACCCUGGGGAUAUACUUUCCCUCAGACUGAAUGACUUUCCACUCGGUGUGUGUGACCCCGCUCUGCUCUGGGCUGGGAGCUUGCUAUAGACCAAAGUGCCUUCGGGAGGUAUGAUUUCACAAGUCUCUGUUCAUAUUUAUUAUGCUUGCCUCUCCAUUACACCGUGGUUAAUAGAGAAUAAUGAGAAAGAAGUUGCCCUGGUUUAAUUGCUGGUUAUUAUUUAGGGUUUUGGUUUGAAUUUAUGGGUGUGUAAAAUCUGUUGAAACAAUUAGGAGCAAGGCUUGGUGUCAUUACAGAACAAGCUACAGACUUGUUUUUCUCACCUGUAUUCAUACUCAGCAUUGUCACUGGAGGCACAAAUGCUGAUGAUUCCGAUUGUUCAAAUAUUUAUGCGUCAUAUUCGGAUGCACUUCUCAUCUAUAUAAAUUGUCUUUAUGCUCUCCUCCAAUAUCAACGUCCACCAUGUGAAAAUAUUCAUUUCAGCUGGCGCCCUUAUUUCUUUUUCUGUUCACUGACAUUGUG